ACCCUCUAUGUCCUCUCUGCUCGAUCAUUGUAAGGGACUGAGUUGAUUUGGACCAGUGGUCUUGUGUUCGCGGCAGUCAGUGUAGUUCACUGUGUAUGUGAUGAUCAGGUGUGUUAGCGCCUAGCCGCUAACGGCCACAGUGUGACGGACUCUCACCCGCCACAGCCACCAAACUCUGAAUGUUUCUUAUGUCUGUGUAAACCAAACAAGCACAGAGUGUGGGUUUCAUUUGGAAAAUCAGCUUUUCAAGUCCUGGAGUUUGCCACAGGGGGUCAGCAGAGUGUGGGGUAUGAGUCAUGACGUCUGUGGUGCUUGUAGACAGUGGAGGAGCAGUGGUGGAGUAUGUCACAGCAGGGGACGACCAUUUAACGGAGGAGGGUGUGUAUGAGGUUGAGGGCGAGAUAGAGGGAGAGGUGGAGUACCCUGCGGUGAUCGUGGAGCCGGUGCCCGGUGCGCGGUUGGAGCAGGGCUUCGCUGCUCAGGUGCUGGUGUACGAUGAUGAGACCUACCUGAUGCAGGGAGUUGCUGAGGAGCAGGAGGUGGAGACUGAAGUGCUGGAGACAGUGGAAGCAUCAGUUCAUGGCUCUGUACAAUGCUCUGACAAAACCAUUGAGGCUGCUGAAGCUCUUCUACACAUGGACUCUCCCUCCAGCUUGCGUGGGGACCGGAGCCCAGAGGUAUUUGUGCCUCCAUGUGUCAACACUUCGGAGUUCCUGCAUGCUGCCAUGCGACCUGAUGUGCUGACAGAGACCGUGGUGGAGGUCAGCACAGAGGACUCGGAGCCCAUGGAGGUGGUUACGGUUUUUCAGGAGCCUGAGAUGCUGGAGAUGGAACCCACCAAAAGAAGAAAAUCUGGGCGGAAACCCAAACCCCAUCAUAUUUCAAACGGAUCUCCAGACCUGGGCAUCAAGAAGAAGUCUAGAGAAGGGAAAGGAAGUACAUACCUGUGGGAGUUCCUGUUGGACCUGCUGCAGGAUAAGAACACUUGUCCCAGAUACAUUAAGUGGACACAGAGGGAGAAGGGCAUCUUCAAACUGGUGGACUCCAAAGCUGUGUCAAAGCUCUGGGGCAAACACAAGAACAAACCAGACAUGAACUAUGAAACCAUGGGCAGAGCUCUCAGGUAUUACUAUCAGAGAGGCAUCUUGGCUAAAGUAGAGGGUCAGAGGUUGGUGUACCAGUUUAAGGAAAUGCCUAAAGACAUUGUUGUCAUCGAUGACGAUAAGUGUGACCCUGGUGAUGAUGUAAUCGGAGAGAAGACCUACGAGCGCGUUCCUCCCUCAUCUGACACUCUAUUGGCAACUGACCUCUCCAAAACCCCUGCUAUCUUGAGAGGGGGCGGAAGGACUGUGGUCCAUCCGGGUUCCCCAAAAGCUAAAGCUGCGCUCACUGCAACUCCUGUUCAGCGCAUUGUAACGGUCUCUGCGUCAGCUGAUCCAUCACAGCUGUCCCAUGCCACCAUUAUCCCCAAUGCACCCAGGACUGUGCGGGUUGCUAUGCAAGUGCCGGUCGUAAUGACAAACUCCUUGGGACAGAAGAUCUCCACUGUGGCCGUGCAGUCAGCGAACUCUUCACUCUUCACUACAGCGCCCACCAACACCGGCUCAGCAACCGGUGCAAACGCACCCAAAGUCCUAAUCCAGACCAUGCCAACAAUGGUUCCUGCCACGGCUGAGAACGGUGACAAGAUCACGGUCCAGCUCGCCAAGAUAAUCACCAUCCCAGCAGCCCAGCUUACACAGUGCCAGCUACAGGCCAAACCGGGCAUCAAUCUGAUGGGCGCCUCCCUUGCUCUCCGAGCCCUUGCGCCCAUGUCUGUGGCGCCGGGGGCGCAGGUGGUCAGAUUGGCAGUUCCAGCCCAGCAGAGUCCAGCUCAGGGGAAGACGCAGGUCCCCGUUUCAAUCCAGACGCAAACUCAAUUCCCAAUCUCCGUUCAGAUGGCAUCUACUCCGGCAUCAGUUCCAGUUCAGAUCCAGAUUCAACAGAGCCAGCUUUCUCCAAAAGCAAUAAGCGCAGAGUCGAAACCCGACAGCACUUCGGCAGAACAGCCUGAGCAGGACAAUCCCACACAGGAAGCAGCAGCAGUGGUGAUCGAGGAAGGUUCAAAUCCACAGACUGAAGCAGAGAGCUGAAGAGUGAUGCCUUUUGUCAGUCAUGAACAAUAAUAAAUGAACUUAUAUUCCCCAGAUACCAUUCAGUCACAUUCUGGGAGUACAAACUGGAGAUUUGUUGACUUGUACAGUUUCGGAGUUCAAUUGUGGUUUCAUUUUAUAUGUAAAAAAAAAAAAAAAUCAGGCAAAGACCACAAUUCUCACAUCAUGUGGAUUAAAUCUGGAUGUCCAUCAUUUCAAUUAUGAGUUAUUAAAGGGACCAAUGUAAAGGACA